AUGAUUCAAACAGCCGCGCGGGAUCGUGAGAUCUAUAUUCUGUCCUACCCGAGCGGGACUUUCAAAUCCCACUGGGCGUUAUGGAUUCCCCGGAAGGACGCUAAUCUACAAAGCUUGCCUGAGCAGAAAAAAGGACCCCAGGGGAUGCUGAUCCAUGUCAAAGGUAGUCUCGCAGCAGGCUUCAAACAUGAGUUUCAGCGCGCCAGCUAUGGUCCUCAGAGCUUUGAACGCCCGUGGUACAAGGUGCUUGGAAGAAUCCGCGAAGAACAUCUUACGGAUGGUCCCACUACAGGAACGGAUAGCACGGCUUAUAAUACCGUGGAGACUUUGGCAUUGAGCAUUCCGGCUCCUGGUCCGAGUUUGAACUCUGCAAUGAGUCCGGCCUCGGGUUUACGCCCAGAGAUUCGCGAUUGUCAGUGGUGGCUGAAACAACUGAUCGACCAGUUAAUUCAGCGCCAAAUGCUCCAUCCAGACGCAUCGAAGAUUGUUGCAGAAACCCCGAUCCAGUGGGCUUAG